AAUAGCACUUAACUCAUCGUUGAUCCACUGGAAAACUUGACCUCAUCUCCGCAGUCAAUCAGGUUAGCCUAGUCGAACCCUCAAAUCACGGGCUGAGACGCUCGCUGACGACAACCAGAUCAAACGGUGAUGCAUGGCAGCUCUUGGUAGGAGAAAUGCCCCCCCCCCCUCCAAGACUGGGGAGUUCAACCGUCUCUCUCCUUCCACUUCCCCCUUUUGCCACGCGAUCGUUCCUUUACUUCCUUCAACUAACUCAAUAAUUGUUCACCAAAUCAGAUACUCCUUGGACUUUCUACAUGUCUGAUGAACCGUCAAUCGGGGCCGAGCCCCUGACCGAACUGCACCCAGCACCCUCAACCAGGGAUCCCAAUCCUCCAACUUUCGCUUCCUUCGCCCCACCAUCGAGCUCCCCGGCUGCACGUUCUACCUUUCAAGUUCACCAGAAAAGCCCUUUGCUCGCUGCCACACCGCCGCGGGUUACCCGCGCGCUGAGCCAGGCGUUUCCCUACCUUUCCGGAUUAAAUUGGGUUGCUGGUCUGCUCACCUGGACGACGAAAGACCCUUGGGAGAGUUUUCUGGUCGUAGCGGUAUUCUGGGCGGUUGUAUUGUACGGUGACGUGGGGUUGCGCUGGGGUGGGAAUGUUGUUGCCGUGAUGCUGUUGAUAUUGGGAAUGCUUUUGAGGAGGUAUCGGGAUGGUUUGUCCCGCAUCUCACAAUAUGGGGGGCGGAACUUGGGCUGAUUUUUUUUUUUUUUUGCGGGAAUUUAUAGAACCGACGCCCACUACUCUGGAUGAGAUACUUGAGACAUUGUCUAUAUUGACUACUCGUUUGAACAUCUUUUUCGAACCUUUUUUCUCGUUGACGGGGUUUCUGUCUACCACUGUUACUGCCACCACAGCUACUUCUCGGCCUGUGCUUACCACACUGUUCUUAAGGAUACUCCUAACUACACCGAUAUGGUUGCUCUUCACGGUUUAUCCAUUUCAGGUGGUAACUACCCGACGCGUAGUCCUCGCGACGGGGACAUUGAUACUCUCAUGGCACUCGCGACCGGCAAAGGUUAGCCGCACAAUAUUAUGGCGAAGCUCACUUAUCCGUGCGACAAGUUCGUAUAUCACUGGACUUACGCUAGUCCCCCUUCCACCGCCACCUGCACUACCCCCAAGAAAAGCUCGCAAGUCUAGCAUAAACAGUCACAACGUCAACCCAGCCACAGCAUCGUCAACCUCAGUCAAUUUGUUAAAAGCGUCUCCGCUCUCGAGGGUCCCAACAUUACAAAUCGACCCGUCAAAGAGUACUCCAUUGACUGCUUCGACCGCUGGCGCUUCUCCGGGGGUAAAGUUCACGUUUGCAAUUUACGAGAACCAACGGCGUUGGCUGGGCGUGGGCUGGACCAGUAGUUUGUUCGCUUAUGAACGUGCACCUUUCACGGAUGAGCACUUGCAACCGUGUCCACAGCCUGAGGAAUUUGCGCUCCCGGAGACACCGGCUGGAAGCGGUGUUUGUUGGCGUUGGGUCCAUGGCGAGGAGUGGCGGGUGGAAGGUGCCGACGGCCAUGGGAAGAAAAGCAAGGGACAAGAGGUUAAAGAUAAAUUGGGGGGGAGUGGAGAGGUUGGCGAGGGCUGGGUGUAUUACGAUAAUAAGGUAGCUUUCCCACCUCCACAUUUGCAUUUCAGUGAUGAUUGACUUUGGUAGUGGCGAGACGGCCGUAGAGGUGUCGACGGCUGGGGCAAAUACACGCGAAGGAGAAAAUGGUACAGGAACGCCGAACUGGUCGAGGACCUGGGAUCUGACGACUCCGGCAGCGAGGGCGAAGCCGAAGUCGAGGCCCGAGAGAAGGAAAAAAUGGCGGGAGCCUCCCCCUCAACUUUGACGAAUGGGGGAAGCGAAAAGGAGAAACAGACGUACAGGAGGACGGAACACGACGAGGACGAGGGCGAUAUAUCGACGGAUGAGAUACCCGACCUGAUCGUUGCUCCGGAGGAGGAUGGCGCCGGGGAAGAGAAGGAAAAGUAUAUCAUGGAGAAGAAUGUAGUUAGUGGGAAUGGCGUAACCAGGCCACCGCUGCCACCGAGGUAACUUGGUUGGUACGAGUUAUGACGCGGUGACGGGAGGGGCGUGUCUGGUGUUGGUUAGCUUUAUUUAUUUCCAUCUUUUUUUUGCUUUUGCUUCCGUCUUUGGGCGGCAUUGAAUCUUUGUGGUCAUGGCUAUGAUUGAUAAUUCACGUUGGUGGAGUGUUUUUCUAGUGGCUGGUGGGGUGGAGUGGGGCGGCUUAGGGGAGGGAGAUGGAUUUCUGAUAGUACCAUAGGGGAGGCCAUGGUAUCGUCAGAACCGGUACCGGUAGCGCACGCAGGGUACACCACAGCUCGUAAGAGACAACUACCGGUAGGUACUUCAUUUCCGGCUCAGGCUUUCUAUGCCGACUUCGACUUUGUCUGGGUCGCUCCCGCGGGGCGCUGAAGAAUGAAUGCUGGUAUCGUGCUCUACUGGUUGGUGAGUAUGCGCACUCAAGUUAUGAUCCGCUGCGUACUUGUAUGCUGGGUUGUUAUACGAGUUGGGCGAGUUUGAUGUGGAAACUGGAUGUGCCGGAGGCAGUCUCCAUCCGUCCGGUGUACAGAAUAGUCUAGUUAACUAUCGUGGCAUGGAUUUAAACCCCAAAAAAACGGGCUAUCCUGCUCUUCGGCGUAUUGCCGUUCUGUGCCUUUCUCUCUAUCUGCGUCUCUCCCUC